CACUGCCAAAGACAGACAACAUGCUGCCUGCUGUUGUAAAGCUCUGCUGUGGAAUCUCCUACCCACAUCUGAGGAGUCUGGCAGGACUUCAACGCACAGCUGUGGCAGUGAUAGGCCAGGAGCUCACACACCUGCAGAGAUGGGGACAAGUCCAACAUCACAUGAGAACACAUGCUGGAUUCAAGUAUAAUGAGCCCAAACCUGAAGAUAUAAAGCCUGCGCCUUCGAAAGAUGAUCAGCUGUUCCAUGUACAACAAGGCCAAGAAGCAAUGAGAAAAGCUCUCUGCAUGUUGGAAGACACACAAGGAUGGAAGGUCGAGAUCACAGAGAGCGACGGAGAUGUAAUUUGUAGCAAAGUGAUGCCGGGUGCCGGGAAGGUCUUCAGGCUGGAGGCGAUCUUGGAGGCCAGCGUGGACGAGCUCUACGACCUCCUGUUUGUCCGAGUGGAGGAGAUGCAACAGUGGAACCCGAGCAUACAGCAAAUCAAAGUUCUGAAGCAUGUUGGACCCGAAACGAUUAUCACUCACGAGGUUUCAGCCGAGACGGCGGGAAAUCUGAUUGGCCAAAGGGAUUUCCUGAGUGUCAGACACAGUUGCAAACGAAAUUCCAGUGUUUAUCUUGGAGGAGCAGCAAUUCAGCUGGAGUCCUUCCCACCUCAGGCAGGCUUUGUGAGAGCCGAGGAUGGACCAACCUGCAUCAUCAUCCAGGCUUUGAAAGAAGAUAGAGGAAAAAGUCGCUUCACAUGGCUUCUUAAUAUGGAUGUAAAGGGCUGGCUGCCAAAGUCCAUUGUCAAUCAGGCUUUGCCCCGAGCACAGCUGGAUUUCACCAGACACCUUCGCAGACGUCUCACAGCGAGCGCCACGCUGGGCUAACUGAGUUUGUGUGACAUGCAGACUGCAGAAGCCCACUCACAGGGGAAGGCAGGAAGACGGAGGCACAGUGACAGCCUGGCUACUCUUUCAACAAGAGCAGAAACUCUGCCUGGAGGAGACGCUCAGCUCCAGAGCAGGCAGACAGACACCAGUAUCAGCAGCCCUGUGCCAGACUGGCAGAAGGCUGCUGACUUAUAAUAGGAAAUAAUGUCAGAGUGUGCCACUCAAACCUCAAGAUUUCCCGAUUAGGAGUCAUCAAUUGUCUGUUGAUACACAACUAACUAAAGGAGGGCAUGCACAUGACUGGACAAAAUGAAUAA